AAAAAAACAACUCUAGAACUUCCUUUUGUACAAGGGUCGGUAAACAUAAAAAAGCUGUUUGAGAUCUCUUGGUCGGCACCAUGGGGCGGCUGGACGGGAAGAUCAUCCUGUUGUCUGCGGCAGCACAGGGCAUCGGCCGAGCAGCUGCGAUUGCUUUUGCUAAAGAAGGAGCCAAAGUCAUUGCUACAGACAUCAAUGAGUCUAAACUGCAAGAACUGGGGAAAUACCCAGGCAUUCAAAUACGGGUUCUGGAUGUCACCAAAAAGGAGCAGAUAGAAAAUCUGGCCAAGGAGAUUGAAAAGAUUGACGUCCUCUGUAACAUUGCAGGGUUUGUUCAUCAUGGAACCAUUCUGGAGUGUGAGGAGCAAGACUGGGACUUCACGAUGAACCUCAAUGUUCGCAGCAUGUAUCUAAUGAUCAAGACAUUCCUUCCAAAGAUGCUUAAACAGAAAUCUGGAAAUAUUAUAAAUAUAUCUUCUGUGGCAUCCAGCAUCAAAGGAGUUGUGAACAGGUGUGUCUACAGUACUUCAAAGGCAGCAGUUAUUGGGCUGACAAAGGCUGUGGCUGCUGAUUUCAUUGAACAAGGCAUCAGAUGCAACUGCAUAUGUCCUGGAACUGUGGACACACCAUCUUUACAGGAAAGAAUCCAAGCCCGACCUAACCCAGAACAGGCAUUGAAAGACUUUCUAGCCAGACAGAGGACUGGAAGGAUGGCUACUGCUGAAGAAGUGGCCCAUCUCUUUGUGUACUUGGCCUCUGAUGAAUCUGCCUAUGUGACUGGUAAUGAACUAAUCAUCGAUGGAGGAUGGAGCUUGUGAUUGACUCUACCUGCAGAUGGAAAUUCACACUAUCAUGGGCAAAAAAAUAAGGAUGGUGUUGCUUGCAAAGAUUGAGAUCAUGCAUGUAAUGUCUUUCCAAACAAAUUUUCUGCCAUCUCUCUCUAGAUUGAUCUUGCUGAUUAACUUCUCCUUAAAUAGAGAAACACUGCAGUAAAACAUACUUCAUGUGGCUUCAAUUUAUGGCAACUCAAAAAACAUGAAAGAACAGCAGUUUAAUGUUUAAGAUUUCAGGAGGCCAAAAAUAUUAUUCAAUUUACAAAAUCUGAGUUGUAUUUUAAACAAAAUAUGAGUGAAAGGAAUUAACUAUUAUCUUUAUAUUCAUCUUACAAGGUAUUUGGAAAUUAAAUACUCACAAUUAGAUUUUCAUGUACAGGAACCACUAUGCAAGGGCAGUACCCUAGCAGGUAUGAAUGGGGGUAUAUGUGAGAGCAGUAUUCUUAAAUACAUUGUUGAAUCUUCAUGAAUAUGCUUGACUUGUAGCACAAAAGCCAAAGGAGUGGAUUUUGCCACUCCAGGCGGAGCCAAUAUUUCUCUCCAAAACGAUGUACUAAUAUUGGAUAAAUUGUGUAAAAUCUGUUGCUAAGUGGUACACUUAGGUGCUCUGUGCCUUAUUCUCAAGUACCAAUACAAUUCACACUAAAGCACAAAGCAAAAUUUCUCUGAAAAGGACUUGUUUCUACAUGAGUAUGUGCUGAUGUUUUUAUUGUGAUAGCACAUAGUAGCUUUGAUUAAUGAAAUAGAAACCUAUUAUUGUCAAGUUUCAUACUCUGGGAAAAAACAAAGGUCCUGACCCAGAGACCUAAGGCAAUGAAUAACCUGAAUUCACAAAGCAUUUGUUUUGCUGACAUGUUGCUUAAAACCAACAUGAAUUACAUGGUCUAACUGCCUAUAAAUAUGGUCACCUUUAACAUAGCUCCAUUUAUCUAGUUCAUAAAUGAAACUCCAUGUAAUUUAAUACAUAUCUUCAUAUAAAUUAUAUACAUAUUUAUGUGAGGGAGGAAUUAAGGACUAAAUGAUACUGAAUAUGAUUCAUCGGUAAUCAAAGCACAGAAAAACUGUACCAAAAAAAAAAUGCACACAGAAAAAAUUGUGUGUGUUUCUGUAACAACAACUGCCAAUGUUUAUAAAAUUAUUGCUUAAGCUUUUCAAUAUCAGCCAAAGCAUUAAAAUAAAUUAUUU